GUGGACCAGACGAGCGUGGAGCAGGCACCGAGCCCAAAGGAGCAGCAGUGGGCAGGGCCGGAGGCGCUGUGCCCGGGCUGGCUGGAGGACGAGGCCCCCGAUGGCGAGGUGCCCGAGGAUGGCGGGGACCCCGACUCUGCCACCCACGCCUACGAGCUGCUCCAGAGUGCCCUGCGCCAGGAGGGGCUGCCCCACACGCUGGAUCGCUCCGCAGAGCCCCGCACGGGAUUUGGCCCACUGGACAUGACCGUUUGCAUCCUGGGCUCCCCCACCGCCUUCCUGCCCGUCCUGCUGGAGGGUGGCACCCGCUGCCCAGGUGCCAUGGUGCUGUGCCUGUCGCCCGCCUGGGCCAGCCGGGUGCCCUCGGAGACAUCCCCGGGUGCCUGGUCCCUGCUGCUCUCCCGGGGGAUCUCCUUCGAGGCGGGGGGCCAUAGCACCCUGGAGACCUUCGCGCCCCCCCGCCGAGCCAACUACGUGACGGGCACCUUCACGGCGGGGGGGCCCGAAGGCAGCUGGGUGGGCGAGCUGGCCCGCGACCUCGACUGCCCCACGGGGGGCUCGGUCCCGCUCGCCCACCGGCUUGAGGACCCACUGGUCACCCGUUGGGUGCUGGCAGCCCGUGCCAGCCUGCCCGUGCCACCCACCCUGGCCUUCAUCCUGGGGUCACGGGGGGACCUGCCCGAGGACCCGGUGGCCCCUGGGGUGAGGCUGGUGCGGCUGGAGGACCCCCAGGGCCAGGAGAGCCUGGUGCAGGAGGAGGUGGAUGCCUUCCUGGGGGGCACCGCCAUGGAACCCUACAGCCAGGUGGUGGUGCGGCAGGCGGGGUGGCGGUGGCGUGGGACGGGCGCCCGCAGCACCCACGGGAAGGAGGAGGGGGCGGCGGUGGCGCAGGCGGUGGGUGCCCGGCUCCGCGGGCUGCGGGAGGAGGACAGCGUCUUGCUGGAGGCCCUGGUGCCCACCGCCCGCCUGCCCGUGCCCCCCCCACGCAGCCCAGCCCCGCGGCUGCCCGUGGCCCUGCGCAUCUGCACCCUCGUCUGCAGGUCCUGGGGGGACCGGCCCCAGCUCUGCCAGGUGGCGUGCGGCGUGGGGCGCGCGGAGGCGCCGGUGCGGCACGGGGCGGCGCUGCCCCAGGGCCUGGACUCCAGCCUGCAGCACUGGGGGGUGGUGGCCCCCGGCCAGCGGCAGGCCCUGGCCACGCGGCUGCGGGGGGCCGCCGAGGCCGCCAUGGCCGCCCUCCUGGCCGCCGAGGCCGAGCUGACCCCCCAGCAGCGCGGCGGCGCCCGCGCCCGCACCGACCUCCUGGGCGUGGACUUCUUGCUGGCGUGCGUGGAUGACGCCCUGGAGCUGGUGGCCUUGUCCACCAACAGCCAGCGGUGCCUGGAGACCUGCCUGCUGGCCGAAGCCAUGGGGCGCGCCGUGGGGGAGCCCCCCGGCGACCUGCCCCGGCUGCUGGCCGAGGCCCUGCUGCACCGGGCGCAGUGUCACCUGGUCGAGGGCAAGGACAUCCUGCUCAUCGGGGCCGGCGGCGUCAGCAAGAGCUUCGUUUGGGAGGCGGCCCGCGACUACGGCCUGAGGAUCCACCUGGUGGAGUCGGACCCGGACCACUUUGCAGCGGGGCUGGUGCAGACCUUCCUGCCCUACGACAGCCGGGAGCACCGGCGGGACGAGGAGCACGCGGAGCGGGUGACGGAGCUGGUCCGUGCCCGGGGGCUGCAGCCCCACGCCUGCCUCUCCUACUGGGAUGACUGCGUGGUACUGGCAGCACUGGUGUGCCAGCGCCUGGGGCUCCGCGGCAGCCCGCCCGCCGCCGUCCGCGUGGCCAAGCAGAAGAGCCGGACCCACCAGCACCUGCAGCGGUGCCGCCGGGGCCGCCCGCCGCCCGCCGCCUUCGCCGUGCCCUGCCGCCGGCUGCAGAGCCACGGGGACGUGGAACGGGCGGCCGGCGCCGUGCCCUUCCCCGCCGUGGCCAAACUGGAGUUCGGGGCGGGCGGCGUGGGCGUACGGUUGGUGGAAAGCGCCGGGCAGUGCCACGCUCACGCCGCCCGGCUCUGGCGUGACCUGCGGGAUGACGCCGAUCACCCGGGCAUCGGGCUGGGUUGGGGCAACGCCAUGCUGCUGAUGGAGUACGUGCCGGGCACCGAGCACGACGUUGACUUGGUGGUCUUCGAGGGGCGGCUGCUGGGCGCUUGGGUGUCCGACAACGGCCCCACGCGUCUGCCCGCCUUCCUGGAGACGGCUGCCUGCCUGCCCUCCUGCCUGCCCGCCGACCGGCAGGCGCAGCUGGUGCGGGCAGCCCUGCAGUGCUGCCUGGCCUGCGGCUUGCGGGACGGCGUCUUCAACGUGGAGCUGAAGUUGGCUCCGGGCGGCCCCCGGCUGCUGGAGAUCAACCCCCGCAUGGGGGGCUUCUACCUGCGCGACUGGAUCCGGGAGGUCUACGGUCCCGACCUGCUGCUGGCGGCCGUGCUGGUGGCCAUGGGGCUACCGCCGGUGCUGCCCGCUCGCCCUACGCCCCGUGCCCACCUGGCCGGCGUGAUGUGCCUGGGCUCGGAGCACGGGUCGGCCCUGGGGGGCGGCGGGGGGCUGGCGGCUUUGCGGGGGCUGCAGAGUCGCGGCCUCGUCCGCCUCAACCGCCUCUUCGAGGAGACGGCGGGGGCCGGCGAGUACGAGGAGCCCUGCCUGAGCGUGGCCUGCGGCGGGGCCACGCGGGCGGACGCCUGCCUGCGCCUGCUGGGGCUCUGCCAGGCGUUGGGCAUCGAUUCGCCCCGUUACCCCGUCGAGCAUUUCCUCUCCCACUUCAAAUAG